GUGGCGUUCCUGACACGUCCGGUGGUUGACUGUCAAUCCGUAUGCGAACCUUGUGCGAACUUGAUGCGAAUCUCGCCUGUCGGGCGUCUCCUAACCUAUACAUAACACUGGUGCACCGUGUCCCAGCAUGUCCCCAGUCGUCUCCCUUGCUGAAGCCCAAAUGUCAUCUCUCCUACGCGCUGCUCGCCGCCUCGUACAAAAGCCUCUACUUCCUCGAUCAUUCCCUACGAGCAGUUUCGAGGUUAUUGCCAACUCUCGCUUGGUCGAAGAGGAGACCUGGGAAUGGUAUAGCCCUGACGAAUUCUGUCCGGUGCGAAUAGGUGAAGUCUUCAAGUCCCAAUACCAGGUUGUCGGAAAAUUAGGAUAUGGAGCAUUCGCUACGGUAUGGCUGUGCCGGGAUCUCGUGGAGCACCGGCAUGUAGCUCUCAAGAUCGGCGCUUGCCAUGCGCUUUCAGGCGAGCUGUCGGUCUCGAAAUAUCUGAAAACAAUCAGAACAAGUCAUGCAGGCUCCAUUCUCGUUCGCCAGACGCUGGAUGAGUUCGAAAUCACUCGCCAAGCCCAGAAGUAUCAAGCUAUCGUCUACUCGCCACUGGCAAUUACCUUACGUGGAUUUCGGAAGAUGUUCCGCGAUCAAGCUCUUUCAGUUCAGCUUCUGAGGUUGGUUCUCAAACACAUCUUCAUCGCGCUCGACUUCCUGCAUACUGAGGCUCGCGUGAUACACACCGAUAUACAGGAGAAGAACAUCUUGCUCGGCUUGGAUGACAACACAGCCGAAGAUGACUUGAACAAGUUCGAGCAGCAAGAGUUCGAGUCCCCUAGUCCACGGAAGAUAGACGGCGACCGCGUCAUCUACACGUCCCGGCCACUCGUUCCUCGCAUAUACAAUUAUGGACGACCAGUACUCUGCGACCUCGGCGAGGCGCGCUUUGGAGAGUACAAUCGGAUGGCCGAUAUCCAGCCGUAUCAGUAUCGCGCCCCUGAAGUCAUCCUCGACAUACCUUGGGACCACAAAGCGGACAUCUGGAACGUCGGAGUCUUGAUCUGGGACUUGUUCCAGAACGGCAAUCUGUUCAAGACAACGGGUGGGCCUGAGAACAAACAGGACAAUAUCUACCACCUCGCCCAUAUGAUCGCGCUGCUUGGCCCCCCACCGAAAGACUUCCUCGAGCGGACUCAGACGGAACGUCCGUGGGGAUGGUUUGACAAAGACGGCAACUGGAAGGCUGCCGCGGACAUCCCGAACACGAAUCUCGAGGAUGCCGAGAAGAAGCUGACAGGGGAGGAUAAGGUGCUGUUCCUCCGGUUUGUUCGGAAGAUGCUGAAGUGGAAGCCUGAGGAGAGGGCGAGUGCGAAAGAACUGCUGGAUGAUCCGUGGCUUAACGCAGUACAAAGUACGUAGCAGCUUCAAGUGUUGUGGGUACAGUAGGAUUGGCGAAAGCGAAAGGUCAAGCAGCGAAGCGAGAAC